AUGUCAUCGUCAAAUAUUCAGUCAACACUUGAUUUCUUAUCAUCUACUGGAAUCUCACCAAUUUUACCAAGUUUAUCUGAAUUGCUUGCUCAAGAACGUUUAACUAAAUUUAUACGUCCUUGUCUUGGACAUAUUCUUAAGACGUUAGGCCGAUUUCAUCCAUUAUCUAACUUAGUCAAAAUUCUUUAUCAAUAUAAAGAUGAAUUUAUACUACUCAUUGAAAGCAUUAUUCAAUGGUUCUAUCUUCAUUCAUAUUCUGCUCUAGUCGGUGAACAUUUCUAUGGAUUAAAGCGAACAGCCGAUCAUCGAUUACGUUCUCUAAUAUUUUCGGUCUUUUUACCGUAUAUCAAAUUAAAAAUUGACUCCUUACAUAAACAAAUGCAUACCAAUAGUACUAAUCGUCAUAUCACGUAUUAUAUGAUGCUUCAACUUUUACCUAAAAUUCAAAUAUUGAUUGAUGGUAUCAAUUGGUUGUAUCGUUUAAGCUAUGCAUUUGGUUUAACGAAAUAUUAUAGUCCAACUCUUCAAUUAGCUAAUGUUAAAUUAACCUAUGCCAAAGAUCCAUCACCAACCAUUCCAAAUCUAUCAAGUAGUAGACAAUUUUUAUCUGUUAUUAGUCAAAUUAUUUCCAACGGUUUAUUUGUUAUUCAAUUGAUUGAUUGGUGGAAUAGUUCAAAACAAAAUUCUCUUAAUCAAAUUGCCAAUCAGUCAUUACCUGUUAUCGAUCGAAAACGAUCUAUAAUUAAUGGUAAACAUCAAUGUCCUCUUUGCCAACAGCCUUGUAAUAUACCAACAGUAAUAAUUGGUUCCAGUUAUGUGUAUUGUUAUACAUGUAUUAAUGACUAUGUUAAACAAUAUAAUCGAUGUCCAGUAUCAAAUCAACCAGUUACAAGUGAACAUUUGUUUAAAAUCUAUUAA